UAUGGCAUCCGGCGUGGGACGGUCUGCUAGUGUCUUGCGAGCUUUUGAACACUUUUUGUCUGGACUGCGUUGUGUAUCCUGUCUUCACAAAAGAGGUUAUUCGACCCCAGCCCCCACUGUGAGAGCUCAGUAUGGAGGGAGGCAUACUGUCACACUGAUGGCAGGAGAUGGAGUGGGUCCGGAACUCAUGGGACAUGUUAAGCAAGUUUUCAGGUAUGCAGGUGUCCCUGUGGACUUUGAAGAGAUUCGCUUGGACCGAGAGCACAACGAUUCAGAAGCCUUCAGACAAGCUUUGCUGGCAGUGAAGAGAAAUGGUACAGCCCUGAAGGGGAGCGUAGAGACAGGAAUAGAUUCUCCAACUGGUUCACUAAAUGCACAGUUGAGGACAGAGCUGGAUCUGUUUGCCAGUGUGAUCAAAGUUCAGUCCAUCCCAGGUGUACAGACUAGGCAUGACAACAUUGAUGUGGUGAUUAUCAGAGAAAACACAGAGGGAGAAUACUCUAACCUGGAACAUGAGAAUGUCCCUGGAGUAGUUGAGAGCCUGAAGAUCAUCACAGCUGCCAAGUCCACCAGAAUUGCCAGAUAUGCCUUUAACUAUGCUGUAGAACAUGGAAGGAAAAAAGUCACUGCAGUGCACAAGGCCAAUAUCAUGAAACUUGGGGAUGGUCUGUUUUUGGAAUGUUGCAGAAAGGUUUCAGAGGAAUUUCCACAAAUAGAAUUUGAGUCCAUGAUCAUUGAUAACUGUAGUAUGCAGAUGGUGUCCCGCCCCCAGCAGUUUGAUGUGAUGGUGCUCCCCAAUCUGUAUGGUAACAUAGUGGGGAAUAUAGCAGCUGGACUGACAGGGGGACAGGGAGUGGUGCCUGGCAUGAAUAUAGGAGAGAAUUACGCCAUCUUUGAGUCUGUGAGUAGUACAGAGGCAAAGUGUUUGGCUGCCUUUGAGGUUAUGAAUAAGAUAGGACAUAUGUAA